AUGCCACCGCCAUUAUCACUAUCACUGUUAUCACCACCACCACCACUACCAUCACCGCCACCGUUGUCAUCAUCACAAUUACCACCGAUACCGUUACUAUCACUAUUAUCAUUAUCAUCAGAACAGUUACGGUCACAAAUGCUACCACCAUCACAAUCACAAUCACAACUACAAUCACAACCACAAUCACAAUCACUAUCACAAUCACGAUCACGAUCACGAUCAUCAGUUAAAGUUUUGAUAGGACAAAAGCAAAAAUUAUUUUAUGGAUAUCAUUCGGAAGAUGCGGAAAAUCGUUUAAUGCAAGAUGUGAUUGAAAAGAUCCCACUUCGAGCACGAUCUCAAAGUUGGCUUAUUCGAACUCGUCAUAUGCUCGAUAACACACAGGUGUGUUAG